GUUCAUAUCAAAGCACAACUGUACCAGUUCUUGGGAGUCUGUGAAGAAAACACUUCCAAGACUGAAAAAGCUAUGACAAACAGCAACAAAGUAGUGAUCAACUUGGCUCUCUUUGGUAGAAGUCAGAGUGGAAAAAGUUCUGCUGGGAACAUUCUGCUGGGAAGCACGGACUUCCACAGUCACUUUGCCCCAUGUUCUGUAACCCAAGAGUGCAGCCUGGGCCGCAGCUGUCACCUCCAUGGCUUCAUGCGUCGAGCAGGGCAAGAAAUAAUCCUUCAAGUCCAGGUGUUGGACACUCCGGGUUAUCCACACAGCAAGCUGAGCAUGCAGCAUGUGAAGCAGCAGAUCAGAAAGGCCCUGGAACAUCACUUUGGGCAAAAGGGGCUCCACCUUGCAUUGCUGGUCCAGAGAGCAGAUGUCCCUUUCUGUGGACAGGAAGUAUCGUACCCCAUCCAGCUGAUUCAGGAACUUCUGGGAGAUGCUUGGAAGAAUUACACUGCUGUUCUUUUUACCCAUGCAGAAAAUAUGGAAGAGGCUGGGAUCAAGGAAAAUGAGUAUUUGCAUGAGGCCUCUGACACACUGCUAAGUCUACUGACCUCCAUUCAGCACAGAUAUAUUUUCCAGUAUAAAAAAGGAAACUCCAUUAAUGAACAAAGAAUGAAAAUCUUAGAAAAGAUCAUGGAAUUUAUAAAAGACAAUGACUAUCAAGUUCUUACCUUUAAAUAAAAUAUAAGUGAAAGGAGAAAGAGUAUUGGUUAUUGCAGUCAGAGCCUGGUUUUUCAAACUUGCCUUUUGUCAGUGUGGAUGUAGACCAUGGGAAUUCUGUAUGAGACCAGUGAUUGCGUACAUUUGUAUCACCAUUUUGGAAAACUGUAAGUUAAAAAGUACUGACGAUUUGGGCUGGAAGAAUGACUCAAAUGACAGGGUGCCUGCAUAGCAAGCAUGCAGCCCUGAGUUCAAGUUCAAAACCAAGUAUGCCCGCCCCCCCCCCAUAUCAUUAAGGAUUCAGUUUGGUUCUAUCUUAUGAUAUAG